CACAUCAUCUUGCUGAGAGGUUUUCAGCUCUCUAUUGCGCGCUGUCAAUAAAGGAAGUGGGCAAGACAUCAGUUUCUAUUUAAGACGCAGAUGAAGGUGCAGCACAGUUACAGAAUCUCACAGAGACAAAGAACAACUUGCAGGGCCUCUGAUAUCUGUCUGAGCUGGUGUUGAUCUGUGAACCUGAACUCAGAAUGAAGAUCCUCCUCAUCUUCACCCUCUUCCUGAUUCCAGUAGGUGGAGGAGAAUCAGAGAGAGUGACAGGAUAUUCAGGAGGAGGAGUCCUCAUCAAGUGUAGAUACGACACAGGAUACACAUCAAACCCAAAGUACCUCUGUAAGGGUUCAUGGUCAAAAUGUGCUGACCAAAUCAAGACAGGAGUUAAAAAUGAGCGGAUAAAUAAAGGAAGAUUUUCACUGUUUGAUGACACCAGAGCUGCAGAGUUCUGGGUGUUGAUCAGAGAGCUCACUGUAGAGGAUUCUGGAACGUACCACUGUGGAGUUGACAUAGAUUGGCAGCGAGAUGCCCACAGAGAAGUGGAACUGAACAUAACAGAAAAUCAAUCCUACAAGAAGAGAAUCAGUGUGACUGGCCAUGUAGGAGGAAGUGUAAACAUCAGCUGCAAAUACCCACAAUCCCACAGUACUGACCCCAAGUUUCUCUGUAGGAGAGUGGGCACUGCUGACUGCAAUAAUACAAUAUCUCUUAAUGAGAGCAGAAGAUGGAUAAAUGAGGGAAAGCUGUAUCUACAUGAUGAUGGAAAGCAGAUCUUCACUGUGAUCAUCAACAGUCUGUCUGAGGGAGACUCUGGUGAAUACUGGUGUGGAGCUGAAUCAGACUGGACAUCUGACCAUGGAUACAAGGUUUAUAUCACACAGAUCAACCUCAGAGUUACUGCAACAUCAUCAUCAAGCUCAACUCCACAGAGCACAGAAACAAUCUCCUCUACAGCAUCUACAACUAGUCCCUCAUUUAGGACUUCAACAGCAUUUCCAGCUUCCUCUGUGGUUACUGGUAUGUCUGUUAUUCUGGUGCUGCUUCUGGUUGGACUCUUAUUCUUCAUAGUUACUCUUAAAAAGAGAAGCAAGACUCAAGAUCCAGGCAGAACCCAAAGCCAACCCUUCAGAGGAUUCUCAGCUGUCCACAGGGUUUCCGAUGCUUUGUAUGACUACGAGGAGAUUAAUGACAUUAGACACCUUCCUUCUUCAGACACUAGAGCGUCCACAGUCUACUCUACUGCUCAACUACCUACAAACCCCUCAGAACCUCCUCAAACUGUUAUAACUGAUAAUGUCCAGUUACCCUCAAGCUGUGAUUUCUCAAAUCCCAUUUAUUCUCCUGCUCAGUCACCAUCAAACUCUCCUGAUCAGGACAUCUACUCCACAGCUGAGUUACCCACAAUUCCCUCUGAUUCCUCAGCAAGUGCCACUCAGCAUUCAGCUGGAAAAUCUGCUGAAGGUCCAACAUACACCACAGUGAAUCUCAGCAAGAAAACAGAGAGAUCUACUGAUACUGUUGCCAGAGCAGCAUUUAACAGAGAGGACGACUCGUGUGACUAUGAUACAGUCAAAUGUUAG